UACCCUAAUCCGCUCUUAUAUAACCCUUCACUCUCGUCCUCUCCCCAACCACCUCCACGAAGGAUACAUUCAAAAUUUAUAUCUACGUACUUUUCAAUAUUUUUAUUUUAUUUCGAAUUAUAGAGAGUAUCUAAAUAGGGUUUGCUUUUACCAGUAUUGAUGGCGGCGAUUGAAUGUUGUAAUAAGAUCAAAGGACCAUGGAGUGUGGAGGAGGAUGAGCUGUUACAGAAGCUCGUGCAGCGGCAUGGUGCGAGGAACUGGACGUUGAUAAGCCGUUCGAUUCCAGGGAGAUCGGGAAAAUCUUGCCGGUUGCGGUGGUGCAACCAGCUAUCGCCUGAGGUGGAGCACCGUCCAUUCACGCCGGAGGAGGAUAAAAUCAUUCUCAAGGCGCAGGCAGAGUUCGGGAAUAAGUGGGCCACGAUAGCGAGGCUCCUCAAUGGCCGCACCGAUAACUCGAUCAAAAACCAUUGGAACUCGACGCUGAAACGGAAGUGCGCCGCCGCAGUGGCAGAUGGAACCGAGCGACCCCUGCAGGUUUUGAGGAGAGCAAACAGCCUCGAUGUUACGGCGGCGGUUCCUGAGAGUCCGAGUCCGUGUGGUUCCGAAAUCAGCGAUUCGAUUGAUAAUGCUGUCGUGAAUACAAACACGAAUAUGAGUGUUCAUUUUCCGGUCAUCGGAAAUGCAGUUUUGGCUCCGGCAGUCGAAUCGUCGCCGGCCUUGAUGAACGAUCAUACUGCAGAUGACCCGUUGACUGCGUUGACUCUAUCUCUGCCAGGGUCUACGAAUGAAUUUACGACGCCGAUGGUGACGGAAAAGGAGGAAAAGGGCGAAACGUUGUCGUUUGUCCCUGAAUUGCGUGACGUGCUGCAAGAGAUGAUUAGGAAGGAAGUGAGAAAUUAUCUUUCGGAAAAAUGAAAAUACUGGUGGUGAUUUUUGGAUCGCCGGAGCUAAACAGUUGGCAUUAGCAAACUUAGUAAUUAAUUAGAAUAAUGGUUGCAAAAUUUCAGUUUUCACAGAGUAAUUUUGAAUUUUAUUUACAUGUAAUGGCAAAGAUAAGAGUUAAAAUUCAAUAAUUUACAACGUCUGCCCGUAAAAGUGACUCUUUAA